GAAGAAAGUAACGGACGUCUCUUAAAACCCUAACAACUCGCUUAUUUCCCGCAGUACUGAACCUGGCUACUAAUGCUCUCAUCACAACCAAUGCUACCUGUGGAGAAAAGGGCCGGGAAAUGUACUGUAAACUUGUUGAACAUGUUCCUGGACAGCCUGCAAGGAACCCUCAGUGCCGUAUUUGUGAUCAAAGGAGUAGAGUUCCACAUCAACGACAUCCUAUAACAAAUGCAAUUGAUGGCAAGAACACUUGGUGGCAAAGCCCUAGCAUCCAGAAUGGAAUUGAAUAUCAUUACGUGACCAUUACAUUGGACCUCAAACAGAUUUUUCAGAUCGCGUAUGUUAUUGUGAAAGCAGCUAACUCACCUCGACCUGGGAACUGGAUAUUAGAGCGAUCACUGGACGGUGUGAACUAUCAGCCAUGGCAGUAUUAUGCUAUCACAGACAGCGAAUGCCUGACACGCUACAAUAUUCAUCCUCGUCCUGGAACUCCAUCCUAUAUAAAAGAUGAUGAAGUUAUAUGCACUUCUUAUUAUUCCAAGAUCCACCCUCUGGAGAACGGAGAGAUUCAUACUUCUCUAAUUAAUGGACGGCCUAGUGCUGAUGAUCCUUCACGCGUAUUACUAGACUUCACCUCGGCUCGCUUUAUUCGCUUGAGAUUUCAAAGGAUACGGACACUAAACGCUGAUUUAAUGAUGUUUGCACACAAAGACCCCAAUGAAAUUGAUCCCAUUGUUACAAGGAGGUAUUACUAUUCUGUAAAAGAUAUCUCUGUUGGAGGCAUGUGCAUCUGUUCAGGCCAUGCAAAGGCUUGUCCUUUGGAUCCAGUGACUAAUAAAUCCGUCUGUCAGUGUGAGCACAACACGUGUGGAGAAACAUGUGAUCGUUGUUGUCCUGGUUUCAAUCAAAAACCUUGGCAUGCUGGAACUUUCCUGGUCAAGUAUGAAUGUGAACCGUGCAACUGUCAUGGGAAGACGGAGGAAUGUUACUACGAUCAGAAUAUCGCUGACAGAAAUCAGAGUUUGAAUGUCCAUGGAGAAUACAUUGGGGGCGGAGUGUGCGUUAACUGUACCAGCCACACUGAUGGCAUAAACUGUGAGACCUGCAUUGAUGGUUACUUCAGGCCAAAAGGGGUGUUGGCAGAUAGCCCAGAUCCAUGCCAGCCAUGUUUCUGUGAUCCAAAUGGGUCUUUACAUGAUACCUGUGUCAAAGAUGAGAAGCAUGCAGAAGGAGAUAUGUUGCCUGGUUUCUGUCACUGCAAGACUGGCUAUGCAGGAGAGCACUGCAGUAGAUGUGCUUUGGGUUAUACAGGAUAUCCUGACUGCCUGCCCUGCAACUGCUCUCUGAAAGGCAGUGUGAAUGUUGAUCCUUGCUUAGGGCUCUGCAUCUGCAAGGAAAAUGUUGAAGGAGAAAACUGUGAUCGUUGCAAACCAGGUUUCUUCAACCUGCAGCAAAAUAAUCCUAAAGGCUGCGAGGAAUGCUUCUGCUCUGGGAAAACAGAUGUCUGCAUAGACUCUCACUUUACCUACAGAAGCAUAGAAGACAUGAAUGGCUGGUCUCUGACAGACUUACCUGGUCUCAUCAGAGUUACCCCCAAACAAAAGAGCUUUCGUGGACAUCAGCAACUGAGCAUCAACAAUGUGGCUGCAAGUAAAGUACUGCCACAGACUUAUUAUUGGAGUGCACCCAGUUCUUAUUUGGGCAACAAAAUAACAGCUGCUGGAGGACACCUAAAAUUUACAGUCUCCUAUGACUUCACAGAGCAAGAUGACAGAGCUCAAAUGAUGGUUCAAGCUGAUGUCAUCAUAGAGGGAGGUGAGUUGAGAAUCAGUACUCCAGACGAAGGGAUUCACCUGCAGCCUUCUGAAGAACACACUGAAGAAAUUGUGCUGAAACCAGAAUCUUUCUCUGUGUAUGGCACUGAUGUUCCAGUUAGCAGGAGGGAGUUCAUGACUGUCCUUGCAAAUGUAAAGAGGAUCCUCAUAAGAGCUACAUACAGCUAUGGGAUGAAUGCCAUCUACAGACUGCGUAGAGUUAGCAUUGAAGCUGCUGACCACUCUUCAACUGGGAGGAAGGUGGCAUCUGCAGUGGAGUUAUGUGACUGUCCCCGAGGGUACGAUGGUACCUCCUGCGAAUCUUGUUGGCCUCAGCACAGGCGUGUGAACGGCACGAUUUUUGGUGGAGUCUGUGCACCAUGUACAUGCUUUGGUCAUGCAGAACUGUGUGAUGAUAUCACAGGAAAAUGCCUGGACUGCAAACACAACACAGGUGGUUCAUAUUGUGAUACAUGUCUUCCUGGUUUCUAUGGAGAUCCUACUAAAGGGACAGCUGAAGACUGUCAGCUGUGUGCUUGCCCAUUAAGUAUAUCUUCUAACAACUUUAGCCCGACAUGCCAUUUUGACCGAAGUCAUGGAUUAAUAUGCGAUGAAUGCCCAACUGGGUACGUGGGACCACGCUGUGAAAGGUGUGCAGAAGGCUAUUUUGGACAACCUUUAAUACCAGGGGGAUCGUGCCAGCCAUGCCAGUGUAAUGACAACCUUGACUUCUCCGUUCCUGGCAGCUGUGACAGCUUGUCUGGAGCUUGCCUGAUAUGUAAGCCAGGUACAACAGGCCAAUAUUGUGAGAGAUGUGCUGAUGGAUAUUUUGGAGAUGCUCUUGAUGCAAGGAACUGUCAACCCUGUCACUGUAACAUCAAUGGCUCCUUCUCCGAGAUUUGUGACAUUCGGACAGGACAGUGUGAGUGCAAAGCCAAUGUGAUUGGGCGCCGGUGUGACACGUGCAAGCCUGAAACAUUUGACUUGCAGUCUUCAAGGGGAUGCGUUCCCUGCAAUUGCAAUUCUUUUGGUUCCAAGUCCUUCGACUGCGAUGGAGAUGGACAGUGUUAUUGCCAGCCUGGAGUGGCAGGAAGGAAGUGUGACCGCUGUGCUCGUGGAUUUUACAACUUUGAAGAAGGAGGCUGUACUCCCUGCAAAUGUUCUCGUUUUGGUAAUAACUGCGAUCCAGUCAGUGGCCGCUGUGUCUGCCCUCCCAAUACUGUUGGGGAAACGUGUGACAAAUGUGCGCCGAAUUACUGGGGCCAUGACAUUGUCAGCGGCUGCAAGUCCUGUGACUGCAGUGUGGUUGGAGCCCUGAGUUCUCAGUGUGACAUAAAUACAGGCUGCUGCUACUGCCGCCCUGAAUUCUCUGGGGAAAAAUGCACUGAGUGCAGGCUGGGUUACUGGAAUUACCCACAGUGUGUUGCCUGUGAGUGCUUCCUGCCAGGGGCCAACCCACAGACCUGUGAUGCAGAGUUGGAAAAGUGCUCAUGCAUUGAUCAUACUGGCCAGUGCAGCUGCAAGGUUAAUGUGGAAGGUGUCCACUGUGACAGGUGUAAGUCUGGCACAUUUGGUCUCUCUGCCAGAAACCCACUUGGCUGCAGCAGUUGCUAUUGCUUUGGCGUGACAACACAGUGCAAUGAGGCAAGGGGGCUGAUCCGCAUGUGGCUGACCUUGAAGCCAGAGCAAAAGAUUCUGCCACUGGUGGAUGAAAAGCUUCAGCACAGCACUCUUUCAGGGAUUGCAUUCCAGCCUCCUGAAAUAGUAGCAAAUAUAGAACAGGUGAUGCAGGACCUUCACUCAGAACCUGUUUACUGGAGACUUCCAGAGCAAUUUGAAGGACGAAAGCUCACCAGUUAUGGAGGGAAACUGAAAUAUGCAAUCUACUUUGAAGCAAGAGAAGAGACAGGUUUUGCUACUUAUUACCCCCAAGUCAUCAUCAGAGGUGGGCCUCCCACGCACACCAGAAUUAUUGUCCGGCAUAUGGCUGCCCCUCUGAUUGGGCAGCUGACAAGGCAUGAGAUAGAGAUGACAGAGCAUGAAUGGGAGUAUUAUGGUGAUGACCAAAGUGUUAGACACUCUGUGCCCUGGGAAUAUCAUCGUGAUGACCCAGGAGUCAAUAGGACGGCAUCCCAGGCAGACUUUGCAUGGAAAUAUUACGGAGAUGACUCAAGAUCCAGCAGAACUGUAUCUCGGGAAGACUUCCUGAAUGUGUUGUACGACGUUCAUUACGUUCUUAUUAAGGCUACUCAUGGCAAUAUCAUGAGGCAGAGCAGGAUUUCUGAAAUCUCAAUGGAAGUUGCUGAAGACAGCAGUGUGUCUGGAAUGAGUCCUCAGGCUUACUUGAUUGAGAAAUGUGACUGUCCCCUGGGUUAUUCUGGUUUGUCCUGUGAGUCAUGCUCUUCAGGAUUUUAUAGGCUUCCUUCCUCACCUGCAGCGAGGACACCUGCUCAGUCCUUAGGCACCUGUGUUGUGUGUCAGUGUCAUGGACACAGUAAUAUGUGUGACCCUGAAACAUCGAUUUGUCAGAAUUGUCAGCACAAUACUGCUGGUGACCACUGUGAGAGAUGUGCGCUGGGAUUUUAUGGCAUCGUCCAAGGCUCUCCAGAUGACUGUCAGCCUUGUGCUUGUCCUCUAUCCGUUUCCAGCAACAAUUUUAGCCCUUCUUGUGUUGCGGAAGGACCUAGUGAUUACCAAUGUACUGCAUGCCCACCUGGAUAUGAAGGCCAGUAUUGUGAAAGAUGUUCUUCUGGCUAUACAGGAAGCCCACAGACUCCAGGAGGCUCCUGCCAGGAAUGUGAGUGUGAUCGAUAUGGUUCCCUGCCUAUCCCCUGUGACCCUGUCACCGGACAGUGCACUUGCAAGCCUGGAUUCACAGGGUGGAAAUGUGUGGGCUGUGAACGUCGGCAUGCGCGUGAUGGCACGAAAUGCAUUUUUUGUGAUGAUGAAUGUACAGGACUCCUUCUCAGUGACCUGGAUCGACUAAACCAGAUGGUCAUGAGUGUAAACUUUAGUGGUCCACUGCCUGCUCCAUAUAAAAUGUUGCAUGGUUUUGAGAACACGACACAGGAAUUAAAGCAUUUGCUUUCACCUCAGCGAGCACCAGAGAGACUUCUUGAGCUAGCACAGGAAAAUCUGGAUACAUUGGUAACAGAAAUGGAUGAACUUCUGACAAGGGCUACCAAGGUGACGGCAGAUGGUGAGCAAACCAGACAGGAUGCUGAGAGGACUAAUGAGAGAGCGAAAUCUCUUGGACAGUUCGUCAAAGGCAUUCUCCAAGCUGCUGAAGCUGUAAAUGAAGAUGCUAUAAAACUGAACGAGACGCUCAGAACCCAAGACAAGACCCUGGAGAAGAGUCUCCCAGAACUGCAGAGUGAGGCUGACAGAAUGAUGGCGGAACUGAGAAGCAGAAAGCUGAAUUUGCAGGAAGCAGUAGCCCAAGAUGAGUUAAAGAAUGCAGAAGACCUUUUGAACAAAGUGAAGAAAUUAUUUGGAGAACCCAGUGAGAAAAAUGAGGAGCUCAAAAAUGAGGUCCGUGACAAGCUGGCAAACUACUAUACUAAAGUUGAUGAUGCUCGAGAUCUGCUAAGAGAAGCUACUAGUAAAAUUAAGGAGGCUGAUCAUUUAUCUGAAGUCAACCAAAAAAACAUGACCAUGGUAGAGAAAAAGAAGAAAGCUGUAGAAGAUGGCAGACAAGAGGUUGAGAAGAGCCUACAGGAGGGUAAUGAUGUCCUUAAUGAAGCCAGCGAUCUUGCAAAUGAAAUCAGCUCAGCUCUAGAGUACGUAGAAGGCAUUGCAGAUAAGAUACAACCAAUGUCUGAUCAGCUGAAGGAUAAAACAGAUGACCUAUCACAAGAAAUUCAAGAGAGGAUGCUUCCAGAAAAGGUGUUGCAAGCUGAGAAUCAUGCAGCCCAGCUGAAUGAAUCAUCUGCGAUACUGGAUGGAAUCCUUGCUGAAGCCAAAAACCUCUCUUUCAAUGCCACACUUGCUUUCAAUGCUUAUACUAAUAUCAAGGAUAACACAGAUGAAGCUGAAAAAGUUGCCAAGGAAGCCAAGGCUCGUGCAAAUGCAGCUAUGCAAGCGACAUCUGGUCCUGAAGGAUCAUUAAAGGAUGGCUCCAAGGGCUCUCUUCAGAAAAGCUUCAGGGUCCUUAAUGAAGCUAAGAUGCUAGAAAAUGAUAUCAAAGAAAAUGGGGAUAACCUGGACAGCAUGCAGAACAGAUUGAAAGAUGCUGAUGAGAAGAAUUGCGUUCUCCUGCGAGCUUUGAAUGAUACCUUUGGAAAGCUGUCAGCCAUUCCGAAUGAUACAGCGAUAAAGGUGCAGGCAGCUAAGGACAAAGCAAGACAAGCCACUAAUACUGCAAAUGAUGUCCUGGCCCAGAUUAAAGACCUCAACCAAAAUCUCCUUGGCUUGAGAAACAACUACAGUAAACUUGCAGAUGAUGUAGCAAAAACAAAUGCUGUUGUGAAGGAUCCUGUCAAGAACAAAAUCAUUGCUGAUGCUGAUUCCAGUAUUAAGAGCCUAGAAAAGGAAGCAGAUCGCCUACUAGAUAAACUCAAGCCAAUUAAAGAACUUCAGGACAACUUAGGGAAAAACAUUUCUCAGAUAAAAGAACUGAUAAACCAAGCUCGGAAGCAAGCCAAUUCGAUCAAAGUGUCCGUGUCCUCUGGAGGCAACUGUAUUCGCACAUACCGACCGGAAAUAAAGAAAGGAACAUACAACACCGUCAUUGUAAACGUGAAGACUGUAGUUGCUGACAAUUUGCUUUUUUACCUUGGAAGCGCCAAGUUUACUGACUUCCUGGCCAUUGAGAUGCGCAAAGGCAAGGUGAGCUUCCUGUGGGAUGUGGGAUCUGGUAUUGGACGGGUAGAGUAUCCGGAUCUGACCAUUGAUGAUGGAUAUUGGUACCGGAUUGAAGCCUCUAGGACUGGAAAAAACGGCACUAUAUCAGUGCGCGCUCUGGAUGGCCCCAAAGCCAGCAUUGUGCCAGCCACGUUCAGAGCAGUCUCUCCACCUGGAUAUACCAUUCUGGAUGUAGAUGCUAAUGCCAUGCUGUUUGUUGGUGGUUUAACCGAAAAAAUAAAGAAGUCAGAUGCUGUAAGAGUCACCACUUUCACUGGCUGUAUGGGUGAAACUUUUCUGGACAGCAAACCCAUAGGACUGUGGAAUUUCAGGGACAUAGAGGGCGACUGCAAAGGAUGUGCUGUCAGCCCACAGGUAGCAGACGGUGAAGGGACUGUCCAGUUUGAUGGUGACAGCUACGCGGUGGUGAGCCGCCCAAUCCGCUGGAACCCCAAUAUUUCCACAGUCAUGUUCAAAUUCAGGACCUUCUCAUCCAACGCCCUGCUGAUGUAUCUUGCUACAGAGGACUUGAAGGAUUUCAUGAGUGUAGAACUCAGCAGUGGACGUAUAAAAGUCAGCUAUGAUCUAGGUUCAGGCACCACUUCUGUUAUCAGCAACCAAAACCAUAAUGAUGGCAAAUGGAAAUCUUUCACCCUGUCAAGAAUUCAGAAACAAGCCAACAUAUCAAUUGUAGACAUAGACACAAAUGAAGAAGAGAGCCUAGCAACAAUUUCUACAGGAAGUCACUUUGGGCUUAACUUGAAAGGGGAUGAGAAAAUAUAUUUUGGAGGAUUGCCAACCCUGAGAAAUCUAAGUAUGAAAGCAAGGCCUGAAGUGAACUUAAAGAAAUAUACAGGUUGCCUCAAAGAGAUUGAAAUUUCAAGAACACCAUACAAUAUAUUGAGCAGUCCUGAUUUUGUUGGCCUAACCAAAGGAUGCACACUGGAGAACAUUUAUACGGUUAGCUUCCCCAAACCAGGUUUUGUGGAACUGCAGCCUGUCUCUUUUGACAUGGGGACAGAAAUCAACCUCUCCUUCAGCACCAAGAAUGAGUCUGGAAUCAUCUUGUUUGGCACAGGGGGAAUAACUGUCCCCCCUAGGAGAAAGCGCAGAUACACUGGAAGGAAAGCCACCCCUUUGAGGAGAAAACGCAGACAGACUGGACAGGCCUACUAUGCAGUGUUCCUGAACAGAGGUCGACUAGAGGUGCACAUCUCCGCCGGAAUACGGGAUCCUCACAGAAUCACCAUCAGACCAGAAGCUGGCGAGUUUCACGACGGCAGAGCACACUCCAUCCGGAUCGAACGCACCAAAGGGUUGUUUACUGUUCAAGUAGAUGAAGACAAAGUCCAGACUCAGAAAUUACCAACAGACCAGCCCAUCUCUGUAAAGAAGCUCUUUGUGGGGGGUACUUCUUCUCAGUUUCAUACCGCACCUCUCAGAAACAUACCACCCUUCGAGGGCUGUAUAUGGAAUCUUGUCAUUAAUGCCACCCCCAUGGAUUUUGCUCAGGCCGUGUCCUUUGAAAAUGCAGAUAUUGGCCAAUGUCCCGCUCUAGAACCAGAGGUUAGGCCACCCAAGGAAGAAGAUAAACCAAUCCACGCAACAGUCCUGCUCCAACCUGAAACCGACGAGGAGAAAGAGAGCCCAAGGACAACUCCUCCUAGAGUCUCCCCUCCUCCUGCAACACCAUCUGUAUCUUCAGCGCUUGAUUCGCUUGCCACUGAAAUGAAGAGUGCCAGCAUUGCAUCUCCAUUUGGCUCCGUGACGGAUUCCUGUGCUGCUGACACAGAACCAGCCAUUUUGGAAGGUGGCAAGCAAUUUGGUCUUUCAAGGAACAGCCAUAUUGCAGUUGCAUUUGAUGACACCAAAGUGAAAAACAGACUUACAAUUGAAUUUGAAGUCCGAACAAUGGCUGAUGCUGGCUUGCUCUUUUAUAUGGCCCGCAUUAACCACGCUGAUUUUGCUGCUGUUCAAAUAAAGAAUGGACUACCUUACUUCACGUAUGAUCUAGGCAGUGGAGACACCAACACAAUGAUUCCCAACAAAAUAAAUGAUGGCCAGUGGCACAAGAUAAAGAUAUUUCGAACCAAGCAAGAAGGAAAUCUUAUAGUAGAUGGUGUUUCAAACAGAACUGUUAGUCCCAAGAAAGCCGAUAUAUUAGAUGUUGUAGGAACGCUGUAUAUUGGAGGACUGCCAGUUAACUACACAACUAGAAGAAUCGGUCCGGUCACCUAUAGCAUUGCUGGCUGUAUCAGAAGUUUUAAAAUGACAGAAUCACCUGUUGACCUGGAUAAUCCGACUUCUAGCUUCAAUGUUGGAAAAUGCUUUGUCACUGCACAGAAAGGAACAUACUUUGAUGGAACAGGUUUUGCCAGAACAGUUGGUGCAUACAAAGUGGGAACAGACUUGCUAGUGGAAUUUGAAUUCCGUACAACGCAGAUGAAUGGUGUUCUUCUAGGAAUUAGCAGCCAGAAAAUGGAUGGGCUUGGCAUUGAACUAGUAGACGGGAAAGUAAUGUUUCAUGUUGACAAUGGUGCGGGCCGAUUUUCUGCUAUCUAUGAGCCUGAUGCACCAGGCAGCUUGUGCGAUGGACAGUGGCACAAGGUUCUUGCAAACAAGAUCAAACACCGUUUAGAGCUGACUGUGGAUGGAAGCCAGGUGGAUGGUAACAGCCCAAACAGAGCCUCGACCUCAGCUGACACUAAUGACCCUGUCUUUGUUGGAGGAUAUCCUGAUGGCCUGAACCAGUUUGGGCUGACCACAAACAUCCGUUUUAAAGGAUGUAUUCGAUUUCUGAAGCUCACCAAGGGUACUGCUAAACCUCAAGAGAUUAACUUCAGCAAAGCUUUGGAGCUGAAGGGUGUUCAACCGCUCUCAUGCCCUGCAAACUAACAUGGUAUCAUUCAACUGAUAUGGGCCUCUUUGUAUAAGCACCUCAGAUUAAAAAAAAAAAUACAUAUACUUUACAUUUAUAAUAAAAUGUCUUUA